AUGAGUUUAGAAGAAAUACAGCCUAAUAACGGAGGAGACCCAUUUAUAUUUGUAGUCAAUAAAAAUACUGAUUGGAACACACCUUAUAAACCACAAGCAGCAGUAGGAACAAAUAGAGUGUCUAUGUUAAUUAAACAGCCUCAAGAGCAAAAAAGUAAUAAUACACAAGAAAUGAAACAAGAGAGAAGAGAAAGAGGGGGAGAAAUAGCAAAUCAAGGGAAUAAGCGGAAUGUUGAGAAAAUAAAUGAGAGAAUUAAUUAUAAUGAAUAUCUUGGGAACAUACAUAAAUAUCGAAUGAGAGGUGCUAACAAACAUUUAUUCAUUGCAUAUUAUACAUUGUUUGUAAAACCUGUCUUUGAAAUCUAUCAAAAAACAUCAAAAAUUCGAGAUAUUACACAAUAUACUAAAGAUGUAUCAAAUGCAUAUGGAGUAGAUCCAAAUCGAUGUUCUUCAAUGUUUGAUACAUUAAAUAGAUGGCUUUAUUCAUCAAGUGGAUUAACUAAAGGACCUGAUUCAAUUUUAUUUCGGUCAAGUGAACCAUUUUUAAAAAAUAUUGAUAAUAGACAACCAAGUGAUUAUCCAUAUUAUCAAACAACAAAUACAACAGGAUAUCAACAAAAAGAACCAUUCAAUGGAAUUAGUGAACUUCCACGGGAUGUUAAAACAGCUAUUGACCAAACUAAAAAACCAGCACCAAUGAAACCUAUUCCACGUUAUCCUGCACCUUAUCCUUUUGGUUAUGACAAAGACAAUCGAGAUCAAAGAUAUCCUAGAGGUUAUGAUGAUCCUUAUUAUGAUGAUCCUCGUUUCGACCCAAGAUAUUCAUCAUCUAGAUUCGACCCACGCUUUGACCCAAGGUAUGACCCUCGUUUUGAACGAUUUGAUAUGAGAUAUGAUCCAAGAUAUGAUCGGUAUGAUCCUAGAUAUGAUCCAAGGUAUGAUCGGUAUGAUCCUAGAUAUGACAAUACCACUGACCCUAGAAUUGAUAUGAGGAAUGAUCCUCGACUUGACCCUCGACUUAACUAUGACACUCGUUAUGAUCGUUUGGAACGUGGCAUUCAACAACUAGAACGACCAAAUGAACGUACACCCCUCGAACGGGGUGCUUCUAUUGACCGUCCACCUAUUGACACUAAACCAUCUCUGGACAAAGUCUCCGAACGCACUCCACAAGACCUUCAAAGUCGUCCUCAAGUAGACAGAACCCAACGUGUCGGGCUAACAGACAUUCGACCACCUCCUCUUAACGACCCUAGGGAUCUUCGUGACCCACGUCUUAUGGAUUCUAGGUUCGACCCUCGGUAUGACAAUCGCUAUCUUAGAGAUCCUCGUUAUUUAUCUGAUCCUAGGUAUGAGCAUGACCCUUUCCCCCACGACAAUGUAGAACAAGGAAUGUCUGUAGAUAGACCACUUAUUGAUAAAGUACCAAUAGAGGCUAGAGGUUCGUUGCUUGACCUAUCAAUAAUGGAUAGAGAUACACGGUUAUCAAUGGACCAUGGGAUAAACGUUCCAUUUGGGUUUAUUGACCGAAGUCGGAUUGAGCGUAGUGAUAGAAUUGAUAGAGGUGAUAGGCUAAUGGAUAGAAAGCAUAGUUUUAUUUCACCACCAUUUAAAUAA